AUAUCUGAAUUCCUUAGGCGAGAGUCAGUACCUGGUGAGACGUUCAGGUGACGUGACGAUACGACCUUGCUCAGUUAUCGUCCUGCAGUUCUGCUUCUGCUGUAAGACGCAACUAUGCAAAGGUCUUGAAGUGUCUGAAUGUUAUUAGUGGACAAGUGAAGUCUUGCAACACACAGAGUGCAAUUUGUGAUUUUGAGAAGAGCAGAGAAAGUAGUGCUCUUCAGAGUAACGCACCAACACCUUCAUGUUAUCUCGGCAGAGAAAGAAAGUGAUGUAAACUUCAGGUGAAUCAGAAACUAGGAAGUCGGGAACCGUCCAAGCGAGUCCUCAGGAAUACCCAGGUUUAUUACGGCAAAACAAAAAUGUCUCCACUAUCAAGAAGUGGUGCUUCGCCGAACACCCUUGUGUCUACAGGGAACCAAUUAUUGUUGCAUAUCCUGGUGGGUGGCAUUGUUUUGCUCCACUUCGAAAUCCGGCAUUCCCUCGCCUUCAGUGUUUCCCUUGAUGGGUCACCUAAGACGAGUAGUAGUACCAAGCCGCCGAAUUCUCCGGAGGAGAUCGAAGCCUUCGUGAAGACUCUUGAAUACCAAGCUACAAAAGGAUAUAACGUUUCCCAGAAUGACUUGGUCAAAAUUGAUCUUAACCUUUUAGACGAUGAUACUAUUGGUCUUGAAAUACAAGAUGGACUUCAGGAGGAAUUUGAAGUUGUUGAUGAAGCUCAAAGAGAGACAACAAAUGCUUCUGUCACCGCGAAACCUGGUCCUUCCAGUCGCCAACUAUCAUUGAUCUACCAAGGCGUUUAUGCUCCUGACUCACGCUUUAAUGCUUUUGCUGAUGGAGUCAUGGUGAACAUGGUGGCUGAAAUGAAGCGGAAGAGGAUGGAUCCACUCUACUUCAGGGUGUAUGACAGGGGGAUAGUUGAACAUGUAACAGCACGAGCAGGACGGGAGGGGAUGCAAGACGGAGCUGCCGCAGUUUCACCUUCUGUUGACGAAGAUACUAGUACUACAACAUCCAGGAAGGGAAGGCAGAGGGGUAACGCGAUUGGAGGAGGCGUCAUUCGAGGUCUCACUAAUACUAAGCGAUUCGGAAAUGCUGAGGUGCAAAUAGCGGGAAAUUCAACAUUGGUCAGGGCCCAUUGGUUGACAGGACCCCUAGACCUAAUUGUUGACUAUCGAGCCCCGCCCAGCAUCACAAGAGUUCGUACAGGAAUCCAAGCUGUCCAGUUCGAUACGCUGACCGUAGUAGACAGAUUUGGGGCUGAAAUGUCUGACUUUAAGAUCAUAAGCCCACUCUUUGACUACAUGCCCUAUUAUGGCAACAGGACCUUGGAACAGCAGAAGACUACGGAACAGGUCGUCCGCCACUUGUUUUCCAACGAUUCCUUCAUGACGGUUCUCAUGAAGGACUCUUUCGAAAUUGCGUCCUAUGAUAAAAUCAUCCCACAGUUUGGAACAGAGUCGAACUACUACUCAGUUCUCAAAUACUUGUUUGAUGGCGCCCAAAGGGGUAAUGCUAGGACACACCAACCAGCAGCAUCUAAGGGCGUUUCUUUACCUGGAAUUCCGUCACUCGUUGCCGCGCAUUUAGCUGGUACUGCUGCUUCGUCGGCUGUUGAUAAGCAAGGGUAACAGUGAGUGAUCAAAUAAGGUGGAGAAAUCCUUGAAAAGUUCUUGCAUAUUGUAUCUUCUACAUGAAAGUUCGUGUAAAUAUGAAAACACUUCAUAUCUUCAAUGAUUCUGGAAAGUUUCCAGAGAAAUCACAAACUCGCAUUUGAAUGACUUCACAGAAUGGGGUAACGAUUGCGUCCAGGUGAUCCCAAAUUAUAAGUAGUUAGCAGUUGUUAUUUAUUUAACGAUAUAUUUAUUGUUUGCUGUUUGGGUGCUGGGCUUCAUAGGCAUGAAAGUAAUGUAAGAAUUUCUAUACUUUCAUCAAAUUUUAAUAUAUAUGAAAGCUUUUAUGAGUUUCUAGAGGUAAUUGUUCUAUUUAUUUUUGAAAUUUAUUUUUUUAUAGGACUGUUAUGCGCGUAUGUUUGUCCAUUUUUUUCUUGGCUUAAUUUGUAGAGAGCAAAUCUUGACGUUACACUUUGCUUAAAAUAUCUCAUCGAUUUCGAUCACAUUGUACAUAAUAAUUUAUGAUCAAGUAAAUUCCUCACACUUUACGCAAAGUUAGGUUACGGGUCCCACUUAAAAACGAGUCACUUCCAUGACCAUUUUGAAACAUUGAAAGCUGAAAAGCGCGCAGAAGGAUUUGCAGUACUUCGGAACAUCUGGCACAGAUUGUGUUAAUCAUUCACUCUUCAUCGUAAAACUUGUGGUGAUUAGAUGUCAUAACCGUAAUAUUUAUUAACGAUUAUUAUCAUAUAAAGAUCGCAAUUUCUCUUAAAAAGAACAUUUAGUUGUAAAAAUAAAUUAAUAAAUAUUGAUCGCAUCAUUUGGAACGAAAAUUUAUUUCUAAGAUUUUCCGAUCAAAACUUCCCAGUUUCAAACAUAUGAAACUACAUGAUCCAUUUUUAUGUACUACUCGGAGUUUGCGUUCCUUGUUUGCUUUAGUUGUCUACUAGGAAACUUGUCUUUUCAUUUUUUUAUUUAUUCAAUUUCACUCAGUAUGAUUUAUGUUGAAAAACAUUUUGAUCACAAGCUAAACAUUUUCUACUUGUGUAAGUUCCUCGUUGGACGAGUCGGCUACGUGCUCGACUACCGAUCUCAGGGUCCGAGUUCGAAUCCCCUUCUCUGACAACGAGAACUCGGAGGAAUUUAUCUCUGGUAAUAGAGAUUCAUUUCUCGAUGUGGUUCGGAUCCCACAACAAGCUGUAGGUCCCGUUGCUAAGUAACCAAUUGGUUCCUAGGCAAGCAAAAAUAUCUAAUCCUUCGGGCCAGUCCUAGGAAAGCUGUUAAUUAGCUCAGUGGUCUGGUAAAACUAAGAUACUCACCUUUUCUACUUGUGUGAACAAAAUCUUUCAUCAUUGUUACAAUUAGGUAUCUAGUGACUGUUUAUUGUUUUGAAUGUUAUUCGUUGCGUUAUUUAGUUUGUAAGAAUUACUUCAGCUACUCUGGGAAAAUUAUCAGAGACUUCCACAAAUGACAAAUAUAUUUCUAAGGGCACAGUGUCACUUAUUGAACCUUGU